GGAAUGGCGAAGAACGGGGCCGAGGCCGAGAUCGAUGAGGGGCUCUACUCCCGCCAGCUGUACGUGCUGGGCCACGAGGCCAUGAAGCGCAUGCAGACCUCCAACGUGCUGGUGUCGGGGCUGCGGGGGCUCGGCGUGGAGGUGGCCAAGAACCUGGUGCUGGGGGGCGUCAAGUCUGUCACCCUGCACGACCCCCACCCUGCGGCCUGGACAGACCUCGCCUCCCAGGUGGUGGUCCUGACUAACUCCCCCCUGGAGGAGCAGCUCUGGGUUGGAGACUUCUGCCACAGCCACGGCAUCAAACUGGUGGUGGCCGACACGCGCGGGCUCUUCGGGCAGCUGUUCUGUGACUUUGGGGACGACAUGGUGGUGACAGACCCCAACGGGGAGCAGCCCCUCAGCGCCAUGGUCUCCAUGGUGACCAAGGGGUGCCCCGGGGAGGUGACGUGUCUGGACGAGGCGCGUCACGGCUUCGAGACGGGCGACUUUGUCACCUUCACCGAGGUGGAGGGGAUGGAGGAGCUGAACCGCUGCGGCCCCGUCGAGAUCCGCGUCCUCGGGCCGUACACCUUCAGCAUCGGGGACACCAGCGGGUUCGGGGACUACGUGCAGGGGGGCAUCGUCACCCAGGUCAAGAUGCCCAAGCACAUCCACUUCAAGCGGUUCCGGGAUGCUCUGGCCGAGCCGGAGAUGAUGGUGAUGGAUUUCGGGAAGGCCGAGAGACCCUCGAUGUUGCACUGGGGGUGGCAGGGGCUGCACCACUUCAUGCGCCAGCACGGCCACCCCCCCCGGCCCCGCCACCAGGGUGACGCGGCCGAGGUGGUGGCCCUGGCCCGGGAGGUGGCUGCGGGGGCGGAGCUGGACGAGGAGCUGGUGCGGGAAUUGGCCUUCCAGGCCACCGGGGACCUGGCUCCUGUCAACGCCUUCAUCGGGGGCCUGGCGGCUCAGGAGGUCAUGAAGGCCGUGUCGGGGAAGUUCACGCCCAUCACUCAGUGGCUUUACUUCGACGCGCUGGAGUGUUUGCCCGAGGAGGACCGCGACUUGCUGCUCACCGAGGAGCAGUGCCGGCCGCGCAACAGCCGCUACGACGGGCAGAUCGCCGUGUUCGGGGCGGAGCUGCAGGCCAAGCUGGGCGCCCAGAAGUACUUUGUGGUGGGGGCGGGGGCCAUCGGUUGUGAGCUGCUCAAGAACUUUGCAAUGGUGGGGCUGGGCUGCGGCCCCGACGGCAGCGUCACCGUCACCGACAUGGACACCAUCGAGAAGUCCAACCUCAACCGCCAGUUCCUGUUUCGGCCCUGGGACGUCACGGUCCCGGCAGGGCUGUACAUGGACCGGCGCUGUGUGUACUACCGGAAGCCGCUGCUGGAGUCGGGCACGUUGGGCACAAAGGGCAACGUGCAGGUGGUGAUCCCGUUCCUGAGUGAGUCGUACAGCUCCAGCCAGGACCCCCCUGAGAAGGCCAUUCCCAUCUGCACCCUCAAGAACUUCCCCAACGCCAUCGAGCACACACUCCAGUGGGCACGUGACGAGUUCGAGGGGCUCUUCAAGCAACCAGCUGAGAACGUCAACCAGUACCUGAUGGACCCCAAGUUCCUGGAGCGGACGCUGCGCUUGGCGGGGACGCAGCCGCUGGAGGUGCUCGAGGCCGUCCAGCGCAGCCUCGUGAGCGACCGGCCCCGGGCCUGGCCCGACUGCGUGGCCUGGGCCUGUCGGCACUGGCACCGCCAGUACAAAAACAACAUCCUCCAGCUGCUGCACAACUUCCCCCCGGAACAGAGAACGAACUCGGGGACCCUGUUCUGGUCGGGGCCCAAGCGCUGCCCCCACCCCCUUGACUUUGAUCCCAACAACCCCCUGCACCUGGACUACGUGAUGGCGGCGGCGAACCUGUUUGCGCAGAGCUACGGCAUCGCGGGCUCGCGGGACCGGGCGGCC